GAGGACGUCGGGUCAGGGGUCGGAGGUCAGAGGUGAAGCGGCAGGGCGGGGAGGAUGGUCAAGCUGAGGCCGCGGCCGGGCCGGAGCAAGGCCCACCAGGAGGAGGAGGAGGAGGAGAGGGACGAGGAGCUGGAGCUGCGGCUGUCCGAGGACGGCGAUGCCGCCGCGGAGGAGCAGGACCGGCAGGACCACGACGACGACGACGACGACGACGCCGCCCCGGACCGGCUGGCCUUCGCCACCACCAGGACCGAGGAGAAGGAGAAGCAGAAGCGCCUCUGGGAGAGCGAGCGCAGGGAGAAAGCCCUUCUGAAAGAGAAGCGCAAGCGGCGUGAGGAGCUGUUCACGGAACAAAAGAAAAGAAAACUACUUCCAGCUUCCGUUCUAGAGGAGUUAGCGGCACCGCAGCCUGAAGUGAAAGAAUCACCGGAUUCAGAGAAAAAGGAUUUGAAAACAAAAAUUAAGGCUGCCGCAGGAAAGAGUAAUAAACAGAAGAAAGAGGAGCAGCAGCCGAGAACCAAGAUAAACUACACGGCCGUCAGGCUGCGGGACCACACCCUGGCCAACAUACAGAUGCAAGAGGCUAAAGCCUUCAUUCAGAAACAGCUGUACGGACCCGGGAACAGCAGAACCACGGUGAAUCAAUUCUUCUCCCUGGCCCAGAAGAAACUGCCAGAUAAGAAAGCGGCCAUCCACUUUGUGAACGAGACCUGGGGGGCGGAGAAGAAAGAAAAAGCUAAGGAAAUUAAAAAAUAUUUGAUUCACAGAAGGAACAAAGUUUCCAAAAAGAGAAAAUGAAUGUGUGAUAAGUGGGAAUGGAAUCUAUGCUUUGUUUCAUUGUCAGUCACUUUGCAUGUUCCAUUUAAGAAAUGGGGCUCGAAGUGUUUUGUUUUUUUGUUGCUUUUUUUAAACUGUAAAAAUUCUUUAGUGUCUUAGGUGGUAUGAAAAUGAUUUCCUUCAGAUGUAAAACCAAUAAAAUAAUGCCUUUAAA